AUGGGCGGCUCAGCCGGCAUAGUCGUGCUCAUGGCGACGAUCACGGCGCUGCUGUGCAUGGGGGCGGCGGCCGGUGGCCAGCCGCCGUUCUCGUGCUGGCCGGGGGCGCCGUACGUCCGUUUCUGCGACCAGCGGCUGCCGGUGGAGCAGCGCGCGGCGGACCUGGUGGCGCGGCUGACGCUGGCGGAGAAGGUGUCGCAGCUGGGCGACGUGGCGGCGGCGGUGCCGCGGCUGGGCGUGCCGGCGUACAAGUGGUGGUCGGAGGGGCUGCACGGGCUGUCCAUGUGGGGCAAGGGCAUGCACUUCACCGGCGCCGUCCAGCACGUCACCAGCUUCCCGCAGGUGCUGCUCACCGCCGCCUCCUUCGACGAGAGGAUCUGGUACUUCAUCGGCCAGGCGAUCGGCGUGGAGGCGCGGGCGUUGUACAACAUCGGGCAGGCGGAGGGGCUCACCAUCUGGUCGCCGAACGUGAACAUCUACCGGGACCCGCGGUGGGGGCGCGGCCACGAGACCCCCGGCGAGGACCCCAUCACGGUGAGCAAGUACGCCGUCGCCUUCGUGAGGGGCCUGCAGGGGCCCUCGCCGACGACGCUGCAGACCUCGGCGUGCUGCAAGCACGCCACCGCCUACGACCUGGACGACUGGCGUGGCACCGUCCGCUACAACUUCAACGCCAGGGUGACCCCCCAGGACCUGGCCGAUACCUUCAACCCGCCGUUCAGGAGCUGCGUGGGCGAAGGGCAGGCCAGCUGCGUCAUGUGCGCCUACACCGCCGUCAAUGGCGUCCCUGCCUGCGCCGACUAUAACCUCCUCACCAAGACGUUCAGGGGGCAAUGGGGGUUGAAAGGGUACGUGGCCUCUGACUGCGACGCGAUUGCGCUGGUGCGCGACGGGCAGCACUUCAGGCCCACGCCGGAGGACACGGUGGCCACCACGCUCAAGGCCGGCAUGGACAUGAACUGCGGGAACUACACGCAGGUGCACGGCAUGGCGGCGCUCCGGCAGGGGAAGAUGACGGAGCGGGACGUGGACAGGACGCUCAUCAACCUCUUCUCGGUGAGGAUGCGGCUCGGGCACUUCAACGGCGACCCCCGGAGCAACCCGCUGUACGGGCACUUCGGCGCUAACGACGUGUGCUCUCCCGCCCACAAGAACCUGGCGCUCCAUGCGGCAAAGAGCGGCAUCGUCCUGCUCAAGAACGAUGCCGGCACCCUCCCGCUCCGCCGGUGGACGGUCGGAUCGACCGCCGUCAUCGGCCCCAAUGCCAACGACCCCGGGGCGCUCCUCGGCAACUACUUCGGCCCGCCGUGCGAGACCAUCACGCCACUCCUGGGGCUCAAGGGGUACGUCAAGGACGUAAGGUUCGAACCCGGGUGCAUCGAUACGGCGUGCUGGUCCGCUGCGACGGGCAAGGCGGUGGCGGUGGCGAGGUCGACGGACCACGUGAUCCUGUUCAUGGGGACGAGCCACGUGCAGGAGGAGGAAGGGCGGGACAGGACGAGCCUGCUGCUCCCUGGACAGCAGCAGAGCCUCAUCGAAGCCGUGGCCCGUGCGGCGAAACGGCCGGUGAUCCUGGUGCUUCUCACCGGCGGCCCGGUCGACGUGACGUUCGCGAAAUUCAACCCCAAGAUCGGUGCCAUCGUGUGGGCCGGGUACCCCGGGCAGGCCGGCGGGCUUGCCAUCGCCAACGUGCUCUUCGGAGAGCACAACCCCAGCGGCAGGCUGCCGGUGACGUGGUACCCCGAGGAGUACAUAAGGGUGCCCAUGACGGACAUGCGGAUGCGCGCCGACCCGGCCACCGGCUACCCCGGCCGUAGCUACCGCUUCUACCGGGGACCGGUCGUCUACAAGUUCGGCUACGGCCUCAGCUACUCCAGGUUCUCCCGCCGGCUGGCAGCCUCAGGACUGGCCGGGCAUCAAAAGAGUCUGCUCGCCAGCCUGACCUCGACGCCAGCGGCGGACGGCGGCGCGAGCCACUACGACGUGGAGGAGAUCGGGCCCGAGCGGUGCGAACAGCUCAAGUUCCCGGCGGUGGUCGAGGUGGAGAACCACGGUCCCAUGGACGGAAAUCACUCGGUGCUGAUGUUCCUCCGGUGGCCCAACGCGACGGGUGGGCGCCCGGCGAGCCAGCUGGUUGGGUUCCAGAGCCAGCAUCUGGAGGCCGGCGAGAAGGCUAGCCUGACGUUCGAUGUCAGCCCGUGCGAGCACUUGAGCAGGGCGAGGGAGGACGGCAAGAUGGUGAUCGACGGAGCCUCACACUUCCUCUUUGUUGAUGAGGACGACGAGGCCGAGAUCAGCUUCGACGCCUCAAUUAACUCUCCUUAG